ACACAUAAUAUCUAACAACCUAUAAUAAUACCAUAAAAACAAACGAACAAAGAACAAAAAAAAAAUCUUCUUUAGGUCGAUCGGUCUGUGUUGUUAUAACUAAGAUUCCACAGUUAGUUAGGAAUAUGGAGGGAUUUGAUAAUGGAUCGUUAUAUGCUCCGUUUUUGUCGCUGAAAUCGCAUCAAAACCUCGCUAAAUCGGAGUUAUUACACCAAGGCGAAGAAGAGGCCUCAAAAGCUAGAGAAGGUUCUUCGAGAAGCGUGGAGUUGAAAAAGAAAGGGAAGAAACAAAAGUUUGCGUUUCAGACAAGGAGCCAAGUGGAUAUUCUUGAUGAUGGUUACCGAUGGAGAAAAUAUGGCCAAAAAGCUGUCAAGAACAACAAGUUCCCUAGGAGUUACUAUAGGUGCACAUAUGGAGGAUGCAACGUGAAGAAGCAAGUGCAAAGGCUAACAGCGGACCAAGAAGUCGUUGUCACAACCUACGAAGGAGUUCAUUCGCAUCCCAUCGAAAAAUCCACCGAAAAUUUUGAGCAUAUUCUCACCCAAAUGCAAAUCUACUCUUCUUUUUAAUUAUUCUCUCAAAUCUUUUAUACCUUUGAAGCGUUAUUUCUGAAGGCUCAUGUUGUAAAUUAUUUUAGAUAAAUAUAUAAUGUUACAUCUUACGCGUGUCGAAAAAAAACAACUAUGGUCAAGUGGAGUUUGUAUCCAAUAAUAAUUGUAACAAAAUUUUCAUUCAGUUUCUUAGGAAUAAUGCUC